AUGGCAAUUGAUGUUUGCUCUGCCUCUGAACCUUUUAUAAGCCCAAGAAUCUCUUUCUCCCAUGAUCUCAACAACCAAUCAUCUGACAACCACGCCACCGCCGAAACUGUUGCCGCCGCCACCACAACCUUCGAUUUCUGCAUCACAUCCGAGAUCGUGCAACAUGUUACAUCUGCCGACGAGUUGUUCUUUGACGGCAUACUCCUUCCCGCCCAAAUCAAGAAACCCGAAAACCUUUUUCUCGAACCAACAACAUCAGGGGAUGAAGCCACCGGCAUACAGAAAAAGCGUCUCAAAGAACUUAUCUCCGACAGAGAAGAUGAUGAUGACGAAGAACAAGAGAAAUCUUCAUCGAGAUCAUUUUGGACGUUUAAACGGACCACAAGUUUGAACUCUGAUAGUGGAAGGGGGACAAAAAAGUUGUUUCGAUCUUUAUCGCUAAAACGACUGUUGCGGAGUAAUUCAACUGAUUCAGGACUAAACCCAAGGGGAAUCGUCGCUCCAAAGGUUAUAGAAAAUUCGAAUUCACGCAAAGAGUCGGCAGGGUUUCAAAGGUGUUCUAGUUCAGUUCAAACUCCGUCGUUACAUCAUAAUUAUAACCGGAAUAAUUCUUUGCGGCAGUCGAUCAAGAAGAAGAAUUCUAGCGGUAGUGGGAUUAAAAUCAGUCCUAUUUUAAACAUUCCACCGGCUUUUAAUAUGAACUCGUUUGGGUUUGGCUCAUUAUUUUGUAAUGGUAAACCCAAAGUCAAAUCGAAAUAA